GUACGUACCUCGAAAAUGUCUGGUGUUCUGUCAAGAUGUCGUUUUUUACCCGUUUAUUUACGUCGGGCACUCAGUUCUUCCAUCCAAUCACAGCCCUCGCACGAAGCAUCUCUGAAGCACCAGCCUUUGCUUGAUGAUUCUUGGAAGACAGCGCAACCCGCUGGAUCGACCCUGUUUCCAGAAUGUGAACUCUUCAAUCCUUUUGUCAAACCUGAACCACGCCACCAGUGGGAUGCAAUACAGCACAGUCUGCGCUGUCGUGGUAUUUCAAUUCCUUUCGAUCUUCAUCAAUUAUCUGAUUUCAAAUCCACCCUGGAUUCAAUCGCCCGAAAAAUUUCCGUCCUCGAUUCUGAACGCCGUGCAAUUCACACCUCGUUUCACGGCAACGAGGUACCCGAGUCAGCGAAAUUCGAAAUUCGCCGACUUCGUGCGGAACAAAAAGAACUCAAGGUUUCGUUCCGCGCACUUCUUGGUCGGUAUUGGAAACCUGUCUUGGAGUUACCCAACAGUAUACACACGGAGUGUCCUGUCGGGAAUGAACCUCGUAUUUUGAAGACCUUCGAACCGAAAUCAACAAGCGAAACUGUUUCUUGGAAUCAAGUGAAACAAAACCUACAUCAUACGCCCAUUGGGACGUACAAAACCGGUUUGUUAGCUGAAUUAGAGCAUUCACAACUGGACCUUGCUACUACACGAUGGCUGGAUCAGGACGCCGCUUCCUUUCCAUCGGUGUCUAGCUACCCCGUGUCCUUGUCCGAUUUCGCUCGCGGACCCGCCGUGGAGGCCUGUGC